CUGUUUAAUAAUGCUUAAAUGUCAAAACCGUCAAAAGUUGAAUUUUCAAAACAAAAUACAAAGAAAUAUAUGCGUAAAUUCAAAAAGUUUUUGAUAAAUAAUGGAGUCAGAGGACCCAUUGAGAAAUCCUAACAACACUUUAGAGGAUGUUGCCUCUGAAUUAAGUCAGAGAGUGCAAUUUUACCAGGAAGAAAAUGCCCGUAUGGAGAGCUUGUUCUCAAAAUUAUUAUUAUUAAAUGAUAAUUUGGAGUUUGAUUGCUCGAUAGAAAGAACAGCUAAAGACUUAGCAAAAAUUGCUAUAAAUAAUGAUACAACCUCGAUUAACCCGACUGUAAUUUUACUUUCACAGGCUGAUAAGUUAAGAAAACGUAGCAAAUAUUGUUCCAAGUUGAAAAUGUGUAAUAAAUUGUAUGUGAAUUUGAAUGUUAAGCUGACAGAACAGAUUAACUAUCUUAAAAAUGAGUGUUCAGAAUCAAAAGAGAAAGUGAAUAGUAUUUUAAGUUUGUCGAAUAAUGAAUUGUUAAAGUUGAGGGAGAAAACCAAGAAAUAUGAACAUGAGCUACACAAAAUGGACAAAAACUGUCCAUGGUUGAAAAAUCCUGAAUUUGAUUUACUGGCGAUUUCAAAAGACAUGGACACUUUGACAAAUCUUAGGUUGAAAAAAGAUGAAUUAUUAAAGGAACUGGAAGUGUACCAAGGCCUUAAACCCGAUCUAAAAGUUGCCAUUAACCAGCUUGAGCAAGUUAGGCUGGAAAAUGUAGAAUUAACUAACAAAUUAUUUAAUUAUCACAAAUAAUUUAUGUAUUUAUGUAUAAAAUUUAUUAUUAUAAUAGUAUG